AUGAAGAAGAUAAGAUCCCGCUUUGAAUGGGAGGGUUCUUGCCAAGAGCCAUCAUUUGCGUUAUGGGGCACGCGUCCUCCUGACGUAACCGACCAGAGAUACUGCAUGUACGGCAGUUUGAAAAAGAUGCGAGUGAAGUUUGAGACAGCAGACUGCUUUCAGAAUGAGAAAAUGUUUAUGUGCGAGGAAUCCCAUGGUGCUUGUCUAUAUGACGUCAAAUACAAAGCAUUUGGUAACAUCAUGGCAUCACUGCACAUAGAAAAUGCCAGCGUUUCCAUCUGUAAGAUCGCCUGUGACAAUUUCGUCUCAGAAACUGGUCAUCGUUGCUCUGGCUUCAAUUAUAAUGAUGUCAUCAAAAGUUGCGGACUAAUGACGAGUGACAACUUGUAUCGUUUGGACAAGUACCACCGUCCAUCCGAUUCCAAUCACCAGAUGUUCAUCAAACGAUGCGACAUCCAAGCUGUGCUGGAAACAACCAACACCAAGUUCCGCCGAUUGUGUCCCUUAGUCCCCAUUAGCCAGUGUGCUACCAAUAGACGACUUUGCAAUGAUUCAUACGACGAAAGCCCACCAGAAUUCGGAGAAUGUGUUUGUAAAUGUCACAAGCCGACCACGAAAUUAAAUCUGACAGAAAUUAUUGAACACAUCGUAGACACCAUACGCAUCCCUCCCAAAAAUACUUCUAUCGCCAUCAGACAGAAAAUCUCCGUAGAUGACUCGCGCAUGAGCUCUCGGGGUAUUGGAUAUGUUGCCAUAGCAAUCAUGUCAACCAUCUUUGGUGGAAUCAUUCUUAUGGAUCUGAAUACAUUGAGAAUGCAUUUGACUUGAUAAUAUUAAUGAAUAUAAGACAACAAUCUUGUCCAA